AUGAAGUGGUUACGGUACGGCAGACAGCCGCUCUUAGUGUUUAUAAUCCUCCUUGUACAAAGUACUAUGGCAUCAAAAACUGGAAAAGCGACAAGGAAUGUCGUGGUAACAGCUGAGGAAGAGAAAGUUCGUGAUGCCGCAGGCUAUCAAGCCAUUGCAGAAAUACAUCGAGAGAUGGACGAUGAUCAUUCGGGGUCGAUCGAUAGGAAAGAGACUACGGGUUUCAUGACGGAAGAUAUGCACAUGCGCAGUUCCGAUCGAGUUCGACGUGAACAUGCCUUCCAUGGUGAUGAUGAUGCCAUAACGGUCGAUGAUCUCUGGGAAGCGUGGUUCGAAAGCGACGAGCGGGCGUGGAACAAUGAGCAGAAAAAAAACUGGUGA